ACGAUCCGGCCUGCUACCUGUAAUCGUGCUAGAUACGACGCACUUAUCUGCUUACCUAGUCCACACGUCCCAAACACUACUGCUCGCUGCUUAACUGGUCGACUGCCUUUACUUGACUCAAACUCUGCCAACUACAUAGUACUACUAGCUAGCUAGCUAACUAGCCGACUUCGACAGCCAACCUAACGGGAAUAGGGCGUGCCACUGGAGCUGCCUCCCCGGUUAUUUCUGUAGUCACCCGCAGACGGCAGAUCUGCAUCAUUCCAAGCCAGCCACUGCUCCGACCAUUCAUUGGUGGCCACUGUCACUCGGGCCCGGCCCGGGUCUAUAUGGAGCCUUUGCCUGUGUGGUGCGUCUACUGUAUGUGCGCGAGUGCGGUGUGUGCUGUGCGUGGACAAGCCUUGGAAAGCCCUUGGAUCCCUUGGAUAGCCCUCGGACUGAGGCAUGGACCCGAAUCGCCGCCAUGGGUCUAGGCGUGUCGAAAGCCCCGAUUUGGCUGCAGACCUGCCAGACAAGCCCAAGGAUGAUGGCUGUUUCGUCAUCUGGUUCCUGGAAUUCUCCAAUGCUUACAAUCUAAACUUACGUAGGCCUGAUUCUGGCUUCUUAUCAAACGAACCUUCAACCUCAUCCUAUUACGACGAUUCGCAUUUCUACGAGCGUUUGCAGUGCCAGUAUGAGCAAGGCAAUGCCAGAGCUAUCCUGAACGCAUUCGCGAAAGCCGCUCGUGCGGUACAUUCGCAAUGGGUGAGGAAGCCGAGGGGGGAAAGGGACGUCACCCCUUCCUCAGGUCACCUGCCCCGCGCGUCCAACGAGACUGAACGUCUCAGCUUACUGGAAAAACUGGAAAACAUUCUUGAUCUCCUCGAGAGUAUGUAUGAACCCCGCGAACAACGUUCGAAACGCCCACCGGCUGGCAGAACUAGAACUUCUCCAUCCCCAAAGCGUUCUCGAGGCGUUAUCGACAUCCAGAGACCUCCAAGCGUUGUCUCACGCCUGGAUGUUAGCGAAGUCAGGUCUUCUUCCACCAUUCCUGAAUCACCCGUGUUGUCUGUGGCCCGAGAUCUACAGCCUAGCCCGCAGCAGCAUGUAUAUGGCUUCCCCACCUCGUCUAAUACAAGCAAGUCAUCCCUCGUAUCCAAGGUGUUUACCGACACCGAGGAACAGGUAUUCCCAGCAUCCCAGGAGAGCGAAGUCACCAAUGUCGCAGAGAGUUCGGGGCCAAGGCUGAAGCGGCCGCCUUCGUCUUUGGUAGAUUCCCUUGCUCCUUCAACAAGUACGGAACGUCUCCUUGCAUCCUCAUUUGAUGAAUAUACUGCUCGUGAACGGGCUGCUAAAGAACUACCCACACAAGUCGUGGGCCUGAACCGCCCACAGUCACAUGAUAGCCUCAAACACUUGACCAUUGACCACCAUGAUCAUCCUAUUCCUUCUAUGGAGGAUGAUGCUUCGCAUGAUUAUCCAUUUGAUACACCCAACAAGCCAAUUCUUUCCCAAGAGCAACCUCCGGAGGUCCGCAGCACUACUACUACCAAACCCCCCGCCAAGAGCUUCCAGCAACGACUCGAGGAUGUGUGGCCUAUCUUUCCCGCCCACCUGCAUCAUAUACCCUUAGCUGUGCGUUGGGAAGUAAUGCGCGUAGCCUUAUAUUGCGGCGUUCCUAUGGAAAAGCUGGAUUUCGAAUACGAACCCAGCAUGAAUGAUCAGAACAACCUGUGGGCAAGGCUCCAUCAUCUUCAGGCGUUGGAGGGCAAGAAUUUUCCAGAGAGGUCAAGACUAGAGGCUUGGAACGCAGCGAUAAACGACCACUUUUGCUCGACCGAUCAAGUUGUAGUUCUUACAGCAUCGCUGACCCUCAAUGAAAAGAAAGUUGGGCCACUGUUCAAACUCAACCUCCAGCCCCUUAGGUUAGAUCUUCCACACAGACUUAAUCGCCGCUUUGGGUCUGACCGUUUCCUUGAAAUUAUUAUGCCCUCGCCACACGAAAAAAAAACAAAAGAUAUCAGCAAAAGUAACAGGCUUGCCAUCAUAGACGCCGUUCAUGUCUGGUUGGCUGAAAGUUGUCAUUUCAUACUUGGCCGAUCAUGGAGGGCAUUUAACACGAAACAAGCUACCGCGAAGAAGGUCCAAAGUGAUGAUAUUCUCAGACCUGAAACAAAAACAAUAAUGCAAGAAAGAAUAUACUUGUUCGCCGAAGAUGGCAACGACUUUCUUCGUGCAGAUGCGACACAAAUCGUGUCCCCUAAGUUUGAGCCAAGCAACGGGCAUACAAAAAUGAAGCGGGAACAUCUACUCGACUGGCUUUUGCAGAUUCAAAGAAGCCAGAAAAAUCAGAAUCAAUCGAUCUACAAACUAUUCUCGAGGAUCGCGCUAGGACUUAGUCGGACCCGUCCGACCGUGAUACUCCAGACCAAUCAGAUCCGCCAUCGUGAUGAAGACAUCUUAUCGCCGGAAGGUAAAGUCAUGAACGAUGGCAUAGGUCGCAUGUCAACGGCCCUCGUGAAAAAGAUCCGGGAUAUGAUGGGUCUUAGUGAAUUACCAGCUGGGUACCAAGGUCGUUUCGGUAGUGCAAAGGGAUUUUGGAUCCGAGACACCGAAGAUCCUAGCGACGACAUCUGGAUUGAGACUUUCCCUUCUCAAAGAAAAUGGGAUUGUGAUUAUGAAGAGGAGGACCAUCGGACUUUUGAAGUUCGCAACAAUCCAGGAGAGCUUAGAUCCGCGGCCUUGAAUCUCCAACUACUACCGAUUCUUGAAGACAGAGCUAUCGCCGCAUCCGGCAUGAAGAGGGUAGUUGGAAAAUUUAUGAAGGAGAGCCUUGAGAUGGAAAUGGAAUCGCAGAAGCAAGCGAUGCAAGACCCUGCCCAUUUCCGAGUGUGGGUUCACGAGAACACCGCUCCGCAACGCCGCCAGGAGCGGGUCAGACUUGGCCAUGUGCCAUGGGUGGCUGGCCUUCCUACCAGUAGAGAAGACCAAAUGGAACUUCUCUUAUCACAAGGCUUCGAUCCGACCAAACUCGAGUUCUUGCGUGAGAUUUCGUAUAAAAUACGCAAACAAAAGUGUGACGAACUCCAGACUAAGCUCAAUGUUAAGGUUGGACGAUCUACAUACGCUUAUAUGGUCAUAGACUUUCAGGGCAUCCUGGAAGAAGAUGAGGUGCACCUAGGCUUUUCAUCUAAGUUCACUGACGAACAGUCCGGUUUCUCGGAGACCUUUUUACACGGCAUGGACGUACUAGUUGCACGUAUACCGGCGCAUUAUCCAAGCGAUAUACAGCGAGUCAAGGCAGUGUUCAAACCAGAGCUUGGUUCUCUAAAAGACGUCAUCAUUUUCCCGUCCAAGGGAAACAUCCCAUUAGCCGACAAGCUUUCAGGAGGUGACUAUGAUGGUGAUAUCGCCUGGGUCUGUUGGGAGCCUAAUAUCGUAAACAACUUUGUAAACGCACCGCCUCCCGACGUGCCAGAUCUUUUUCAGCAAAAUGUAUUGACGAAAAAGAAAGACACCUACAGAUCACUCGCUGAAUCGUGUGAGUCGGUAGAUGAAGCCACGACGAGAUUCCUCGACGAAGCGUUUCGUUUCAACAUGGAGCCGAACCUCCUCGGCACUUGUACCAACUAUAAGGAGAAGCUGUGCUACUCAAGAAACUCUGUUAGUGAUGAACAUGCUAUAUUCUUGAGCACCCUUAUCAGCAACCUAGUCGAUCGAGCGAAACAGGGCAUUGUUUUCACAGACCAGGAUUGGCAUCAACAACGACAAUUCCUCAACUCCACGCAAGCAGAUGCGAAACUGGCCAAACAGCGCUUGGACCCACCAAUGCCUGUGUACAAGAAGGAUAAUUAUCCCGGUGAUUCACCAAGCCACAUCAUCGACUAUUUGAAGUUCAAGGUAGGCAAGCCGACGGUCGAGCGAGAGAUGGAGAACUUCGAUCGAUGUCUCAGGGGCGCCCAAAAGUAUGACGUGGACCUGGUCAAGUAUUUCGAAUCCUUCGAGAGACUCAAGCGACCCUCCAAGGAAUCUACCUGGAACAAGGUUCUCGAAAAACUUCAACAGGAUAUCCACGAUGUAGCCCAGUAUUGGAAAGAUUUUCCUACCGCAGAGAAAUUUGAUGCUAAACUCACCAAUACAUACGAGAAAUGGCAAGCAAUCGAGCCUGAAGCCAAUACCAGAUCGAUACGGGCCUUCUUCGACAAUGGUCUUGCAGGCGUUGGCUUAUCCGGGUUCGACCUUUUAAAGGCGUCAUACUGCUUCAAACUAUAUUAUAGUCGAGGGACCUUUGUGUGGUUCAUGGCUGGCUAUCAGCUAGGCUAUCUAAAAUGCGUUGAAGUCAGUCAGGGGAUAAGUGCGCGGCCGGUGCUUGUGACGCCGCAGAUGUAUGCUGGGGUACGGCCUGACGCCAAAUUCGUGCGUGCUGUAUCCGCGUUGAACGAUGGGCGCCGGUAUGAGCAGCCCAGUGAAGAGCGCUCUGUCAUCGAAGAUCUCAGUGAUGAAGAUGACUUGUUUGGGGCAUAACAGCCCUCGGAGCUUAUAGGUGAUUCAUAAUGACUUCUCGAUGUCGCGUGGGAUAUUCGAAGAGACUUUAUCAAAUAGGUGGUGCGCUCUACUUGGAGCCACAUGGAUAAGUAGUUUACAGCGAUGUUCAAACAGCGGGAGCGCUAGACUAUCAUGUUCAGCUAUACAGCCUUUCGAAUAGCUCUGCUUC